AUGUCCUCAAAAUAUCGUUCCUUGCUGAUUACACUUCCGCACAAGGUCGGAUCUCUCAAAUCCAAUCUAGAUAUUUUCUCCAAAUACAAAAUCAACUUGACCAAGAUUGAAUCCAAGCCCUCCAAACUGUCGACUAGGACCUUUGAUUUUCAUGUCGACAUUGAAGAAAAUGUUAAUAAGGAAAGUUUGGAGAGUGCCAUUAAGGACAUUAUGGAUCAAGGAUUGGCGGAAAAUGUCAAAUUUUUAGGAAGUGAGAAACGACCGUGGUUUCCACGAAAGAUUUCUCAUAUCGACUAUUUCACAAGACAAACAUUAGAAGCAGGUGGAGACUUGCAAUCCGAUCACCCAGGAUUUCAUGAUAAGGAGUACAGAGCCAGAAGAAAAAUGAUUUCAGAAAUUGCCAUGAAUUAUAAACAUGGAGAGCCCAUUCCAAAAAUCAAGUACACAACUUCUGAGAACGAUACUUGGAGAGUAGUCUAUGAAAAAUUGACAAGUCUUUACCCCAAAUAUGCUUGCUCUCAAUACAAUUAUCUGUUUCCUCUUUUUGAGCAAAAUUGUGGAUUUCGACCACAAAAUAUACCACAAUUACAAGAUGUGAAUGAUUUUCUUGUGGAAGUGACGGGAUUCCGUUAUAGACCUGUAGCAGGCUUGCUGACUGCACGAGACUUUUUGAAUGGUUUGGCAUUUAGAGUGUUUCAUAGCACUCAAUACAUUCGACACCAUAGUUCACCAUUUUACACACCUGAACCUGAUGUGGUUCAUGAGCUGUUGGGACAUUCAAUCAUGUUGGCUGAUCCAGAUUUUGCCGAUUUCAGUCAACAGAUUGGCUUAGCCAGCUUGGGAGCAAGUAAUGAAGACAUAGAUCGUUUGGUACGAUUGUAUUGGUAUUGUUUGGAGUUUGGCCUUGUCAAUGAAAAGGGUCAAAAGAAAGCCUAUGGUGCUGGUUUACUGAGCUCAGCAGGUGAAUUGCAAUUCAGUUGUACAGGUACAGACCCAGAUAGUAAAAUCUUGCCUCCAGAAUAUAAGCCAUUUAUUGCUGAGGAAGCUGCUGAACGACCUUAUCCCAUUACGCACUAUCAACCACUCUACUAUGUUGUCAAUACAUUGGAGCAAUGUAAAGAGUUGAUCAAAAGUUAUACUUUGAAUAGUCUUGAAAAACCAUUCACUGUGAAAUACAAUCCUUAUACAAACACUGUGGAAAUUCUUGAUACUGAAGAGAAAAUCAUUUCUCUCACAAGCAACGUACAAACAAACCUGGACUUGAUUAAGAGUGCAUUAGGAAAUUUGAGAAAUAAUGUGGAAUACGACAAUGAAGACAAAUAA